CUUGCGCUGAGUCAGGACAAGCUGGCAGCCCUCAAUGAUCAGCUGGCAGACUGCAGCCCCGUCCAGAUCCUACGCUGGAUGCGGGCACAGCCUGCAUGGGGCAACGUUGUCCAAUUCACCUCCUUUGGCGUGUCUGGCAUGGUGAUCACCGAUAUCAUGACGCGCCUCGGCUUCCUGACCCCCAUUGUCUUCGUCGACACCCUCUACCAUUUUGAUGAGACCCUGGAUCUGAAGGCGACCGUUGAAAAGGUGUACAACCGGCAAGUUUUGGCCUACGGCCCUCAGACCAGCUCCGACCGAUCGACCUUUGAAGAGUACUAUGGUCAAGAGCUGUGGUCCAAGGACAGCGAGUUUUAUCACUAUUUGACAAAGGUCGAGCCCACGGGACGGGCUUUGACCGAGCUUGAGGUCGACGUGUGGAUCACGGGCCGCCGUCGCUCCCAAGGGUCGAGUCGCGCCUCCCUCGCUGUCUUGGAAGUCGCGAGCGAUGGUCGUAUCAAAAUCAACCCCAUGGCUCACGUGGAUUGGGCCUCCACUUGGAAGUAUGUCAAGUCUGCCGGCGUGCCAUACAACAAGCUCGUCGACCAGGGCUACAAGUCCAUCGGUGACGUGCACAGCACCCGCCCCGUGGGACAUGAUGCCCCUGAGCGCUCUGGCCGUUGGUCGGGCGAGUUUCGUACCGAGUGCGGCAUGCACACCGCCGUCAAGGCCGCUCGC